AUGGGCAUCCAGUCAGAUCCACCAAAAUCACUGUACGCAGCGCCUGGCAAUGCAGCUGAUAACAAUGUAAAAGUUCGCGACCAACUCCCACCAGAGACGGACCAACAUGGCUACCGAAUCAACGAGCAACCUAUGGGCACGAAAAGAAAAGUCAAAGUCAUUCUCAUGGGCGCAGGUGCAUCAUCCCUGAACUUCUUCAAGAAAGCCGAGGAAGAGAUGGAGGACCUGGAAAUGGUGUGCUAUGAGAAGAACCGCGACGUUGGUGGUACCUGGCUAGAGAACCGGUAUCCCGGAUGUGCUUGUGAUAUUCCGUCUGUCAACUAUCAAUUCUCGUGGAAGAUCAAACUCUGGUCCCACUACUACUCGUAUUCUCCUGAGAUCUGGGACUACUUGAAGUCAAUAGAGCGCGAGAACGACUUCAUCGCAAAAUACAUCAAGUUACGACACCGCUUAGAGCAUGUCGAGUGGGAUGAUGCAGCUGGUCUGUGGUGGUGUCGGGUUCGUGAUCUGGACAAGGACGUCGUGUUUGAAGAUAGUGCCGAGUUCUUCGUCAACGCUGGAGGCGUCUUGAACAACUGGAAGUGGCCGGACAUUCCAGGCUUGAAGGAUUUCAAGGGCAAGCUCAUGCACUCCGCAAACUACGAAGAAGGUUACGAUCUUUCGAAUAAACGUGUAGCUGUCAUCGGAGCUGGGAGCUCAGGCGUGCAAAUUGUGGCGGCUAUACAGCAGAAAGUUCAGCAUCUAUACCACUGGGUACGAUCUCCGAUAUGGAUCACAGCAGGCUUUGCGCAAACCUGGGCUGGAAAGAACGGAGCAAACUUCCGAUACAGCGAGGAGCAGCUCAAAUACCUCGAGGAAAACCCCAAGAAAUACCUCGAGUACCGGAAACAAAUUGAGAAUGAACUGAACCAACGCUUCAAAUUCAUCAUCAAAGGCAGUGAAGAAGCCCGUCAAGCACGCGAAUACGCCGACACCGAAAUGCGUAACAAACUCAACGACGACCCCCGUCUUGUCGAGAAAAUGAUACCAAAGAACUUCAAUCCGGGAUGCCGCCGUCCAACACCAGCACCAGGCUAUCUCGAAGCGCUCGUUGCACCCAACACAACUAUCUUCACCGAUCCCAUCGGCUCUAUAACAGCGGAUGGUUUCACGGACCACGAAGGUAAUCACCACCCCGUCGAUGUAAUAAUCUGCGCAACCGGCUUCGACACCUCUUGGCUCCCACGCUUCCCCUUCAUAGCCCACAGCCGCGAUCUACGCGACCUCUGGAGCCCCGAGAAAGGCGUAACAUCUUACCUCAGCGUCGGCAUACCCACGUUCCCCAAUACAUUUUCCUUCUGUGGUCCAUACGGUCCCCUGGGACACGGUUCCUUCAUGCCUUUGAUCGAACAAUGGACCCGCUACAUCUUCUCCGCCAUCACAAAAUGCCAGGUCGAGAACAUCAAAUCUCUUACCCCUAAACUUCAUCCUUCACUCCAGUUCCGCCAACACGCCGAUCUCUUCCUACAACGCACAGCUUGGACAUCACCUUGCCGCUCGUGGUUCAAGCAAGGGAAGACGGAUGGGCAAGCAGCGAUUUGGCCCGGUUCGCGUCUUCACUUUUUGAAAAUGAUGGAGGCGCCACGGUAUGAAGAUUUUGAGAUUGAGUAUUGGAACGGGAAUAUGUGGGCGUUUAUGGGGAAUGGGUUCGAGGUGAGGGAGUUUGAUGGCAGGGAUAUUACCGAUUAUCUGGGGAGUUUGAAUGAAGAGGGCAGGGAUGUGCAGCCGGAUUAUGACGAGGGACUGAAGGAUGUACUCGGCGGGUUUACGUUGGGGGAGGAGUAUGUUGUUAGGGGCGGGUAA